CAUGCCACUUUUCGCCUCCGGGAAAAAAUAAUUGGACAACGGUGCACGAUACAAUCAAAAUAAACCAAUUAAACAUCUCAUAAAAACCCAUCCUACCAAAACCAACCAGUACCGGGAUCUAGUGAGGGGAUCCCUUAAAUUCGAUUACUAUAUUUGCAAUAUUUCCACAUACCUCUCAGUUAGACUAAAAAUAGCCCAGUGAGUUUUAUACAAAUGUGUAUUAUACGUGUCUGCAGUGUGGUUUGGCAAAAAUCGCGAUGAUGCUUCCAAAUCCUAAUUUUAUUUUUCGGUCGAAUAGUAAAGUGGUACCAAAUUAAAGCAUGUCGAGUGGAUGUCUUGCCAUUUGUUUCAUUUCACCGCCUGGGUAGUAAGGAUUCGGUUCGCGACUUUUUUAAUAUUUGAUGUGAGCAAAUGGUUCUGAUAUGAAUGAGGCGAGGACUAUUAUUUUGCUUGUUUUUGGUGCUUCUGUUAUUAUGAUAGGCAAUCUUCGUACGUGAUGGACCCGGAGCCUAAUGGCUCUCCAGGAAAUAACGUCACCACCGCUCCAUAUCCCACCGUCGUCAGCACGACGACCCCCGAUCCCAGAGAGUACUACAAGACGUACGAUGUUAUGACCGGGGUGCGUAUAGCCGCCACCCUCGGCAGCUUCUUCGGCCUAAUGGUACUCUUGGUGCUGUACAAAUCAAAAUCAAAGACUGAAAAGGCGAUGGAAGAUCCAAACUUUACAGCUGCGGCGGUGGCAGAGGUAGAGGAGGAGGAAAGACAGCUCCAGCUAGCUUUAGAAGCUACUGCCUACCACCAACUCAAUCCUAGGAGAACGCGGAGGUCACUGGAUACGUCCAGCAUGCCUCCAGGAUGGAGUAGACCGUCAACAAGGUUUUCUUCGGUGGGAGGCUAUAGUAGCCUCCUGGAGCCGCCAACCAGACCACACUCACGGCUGCCGUGCUUCAUCGAUGAGGAUUCUCUUCCAGAAGAUACAGGGUCUCUCUAUGAAGAUGUUUAUUAUAAUAGCCAUCUUAACGUGCCGAGAAGGUCUAGCAACAUAACCUGCUCAUCCUCGGGGAGCUCCUACUUGGAGCGGCGUGACUCAGCCGUUGCACUAGGUCUUCCCGCCCUGCCAGCGCACAAAUGCAAAAAUUCGAGGCGCCUGUCGUCGCCGCUACCCGAAAUUUACGACUUCUACUACCCCAUUGACAUCAGGGUCACCCAGCCCACACCAGGGGGCUCACCUUGCGGAAGCGACCGCGCCCUAUACGACCGCGUCCUGGACCCGCCGAAUCUGAAGCCGAAGCUGGCCCCUCUGGCUUCCAUAAGCAGCUGUAACAGCUCGCUGGGUACUGACUACCCCGACUUCGAGACCCAGUCUUACGCUAGCGACUCCGUGUUCCAUGACGAAGAAGAGGAAGACACCGACAACGAGAUAGAAGAGUUCUCUACCGACAGUGACGUUAACAGUGACGAGGGGGCUUGCUAUGGCGGCCGGCCCAGACUUAGUGCUUCCAGCGCCACACCUACCGCUAGUGACAGACCUCCGUGUGUCGUGCCAGGAUCAUCAAAGUCAUCUUCCACUUUGGUGGGAAGCCAGGAGAAGGAACUGUCGCAGCUGUCGUUAACUGAGAGUGUGCGCAGGAUGUCCGCUUCUAGUGGUAGGCUAGAUGAAAGGACCACCUGGGCCCAAGAGACUCUGUUUUAAAUUAUACUAUUAAGAAAGGUAACUGGCAAAAUUACAUACUGUUAUUUAAGAAAAUUUCAAGUGUUUUAAGUGGAUAAUAUGGAUGAUUCUUUUGGACGUUGUUAAGUUUAUUUAAAGACUGAACUAAUCAAAAUAAUUUCUUUUUCGAAUAAGUUAUUAUCCACAAAAUAACGUAACUUUACUCCAAUUUAACCAUAUCUCAAUCUGUGACUGUUUCUGAGAUAAAAAUAUUCACAUAUUAAGUUUGAUGCACUCUAUGUGUAUGUACAGCUGUGAACACAAAAAGGUUUCCCACCUAAGACGUUUAAAAGUGUUUAAAAAACGAACUUAAUAGAUCCCUGUUUUACAAAGGACUAAAAAACAAUUUACGUUAGAAAUUUUUAGUGUCUACUGCUGUACAUACAAGUUUAUUUGUAUCCGUUGCUGUACAUACAAGUUUAUUUGAUGAGUUUCGGGACCUUAAUAUUAAAAAAGAUUGAUUGCAUGAUUAACAGCAAUAAGUAAUAUUUUUUACAACUUCAGCGAUGUAAAAAUAGCAAUAGAUCACAAGUGCUUAAAUUGAGAGGUAAAGCAUUUGAGUAGUUUCUAUCUAUAGACUAUCUAAAUUUAAAUUCUUUUAUUACGACAAUUACCCGUUUACUACUUGUUUGUUUUGACUAACUCGAAGAGAAAUAGCUAAAGCUUGAUUGUUUAAAUAAAAAAACAUAUUAUUUUUUCCGAAACAAUUCGUUAUGUUUGUUAUAGAAUUGAACGUUUUUCUGAAGGGCAAAACUUGUUUAAGUCAUUUUGAAAACAUUUUUCUCGAAAUAUCGGCAUCAAUCUUAAUUUUUAAAAACAAUUGACUAUCAAGUUUUUAUGAUUGUUUUAUUUUCAAUUGUUUUAUUUCUAAACGAACCUUACAAACCUGUUAACAAUUGAUAACAGUUGGUUAAACAUGGUAUACAAAUAUUUAACUAUAAGUUUAAUUCACCAGAUACAUACAAUUAUCGAUAUUUGCAAUUAUUAUUCUAAGAAUUGUUGAGGUAUUUGUUGUUUUUCUUUAAACUGUAGUUUUUAAUGUUGGUAAGUUCUGAUAAAUUUGAAUUAGUACCUAUCAAAUAGCGAAUGAAACUUGCAAUCAAAUACGUGUAUAUUAUUCCUAUGAUUAAAAAAACCUUUUCAAAUAUCAAACCAAUGAGUGUAAUCAAAAAAUAUUUUGCCAGUUACCUGUUCUGUAAUCGAUGUCUGUUAUUGUAUAUUGUUAUACAUAUAUACACUACUAACAAGCCAUUUCAACAUCAUCUCUAUUAAGGCUCAUAAAAUGUGUUUUUAUUUAUAAAUAUUUAUGCUAUUAAAUAGUUUAAUAAUAAUUAUUACAUCAGUAUUACUUACAGAUUUGAUAUGUCUAAAAUGGCGAGGGAUCAGGAAAACGUGGUUUAAUUAUCCACUAUCGAAUUAUUUUGGUCAAACUAAAAUGAAAAUAAUUAAUAAAUCAAAUUUUCAAUAAAUCUUUAUGUUUAAGUUUAUGUGAACAAGACAUAUCUGUGUCUUUUUUGUUUAUAAUAUUUUAGUACCCCUUACCUAUUAUCUAUCGUUACUUAAAAUACUGUAAAAAUGCCAAGGGUUUUUUUAACGUUUUAUUCAGUUUUUUCUUUGUCAGAAUUUAAAAGAUUUUUUUUGUAAACGUUUAUAUCAUUGGGAAGAUGAAUAUUGAAUCAUUAUCAUAUGAAAACACAGACAUAUGUUCAAGAUAUGAAACGCAUUCAUAGCUAUUAACAAUAUGUCUGUUAAUCUAAAUAUAACAAUGUGAUUAAAUGAUAAUCUGUAAAUAAUUGAUAAAACCUUUCAUCGAUUCAUCAUAAAGAAUAUUUUCCCAUUCUACAUCUGUCUCACCUAUAUGUGAUAUGUUAUAAUUACUUUAUGAGACAUAAUUUUUAUAUCAAAACAGUUGACUUUAUUAGUAACUAGGUCAUUGUCGAAAUAGGCAGAUAAAUAUAAAUGAAAAGUAAAUACUGAAAAUGUUAUUUUGUUAUAGAUUUUCUAUAAACUAUUGUAGUUUUCUAAUUAUAAUAUCAGUCAUUCUGUUCUGUUUAUGGAUUAUGAUUAAUAGCCAUAGGAAGUUUUGUAUUCAGGACAGUUUCAGGUUGUUUCAUGUUUAAUGGUAUAGAGUAGAUUAAUCUGUGUAUAAUAUGUCUUGUACAGGAAAGAUUGUAUAGAACAAGUUAUACUG